AUGCAGGCAUUGAAAAAGAAAUCGAGUCUCUCCGGGACGGCGCGGUCAGGAAGCAGCAUCUUGGGAGGCGCGAAGAAACGGCAGGAGCAGUACUCGCUUCCCUACGAAGCUUAUCGCCACUUCGCCUUCUUCACGGCGCUGUACCUCUCGGUUUUGGGAAAGCCAGUCGCAGCUCCAGAGGUCGUCGACUGGUAUCUCGCGGAGAAAGGGUACUGCGUUCCCUCGGAAGUUCCGAACGCGCUUACCACUCGGGUGUACCUACGUCUCGUCAACAACCUCGUCGUGGAUAACUGCGUGGGGGUCGCCGGUGCUGACGAAGACGGAAAUUUGCGUAUUGAAGAAGGAAAGAUGUUUCCGUUGUGGGCGUGGAAGGACGAAGUCCUAGAAUUCGACAGCAAGCAGCAGCACGCGCAUCGGCACUUGCACUCGCAGUGA